UGUUUGAACUGUCGCAAAAUAACAGAGAAGAAAAGCAAAAGGAAGAAGACAUCGGGCCUGUUUCUGGCAUCCGCCAUCCUCCACUUGCUACUGCUGCAUUCUUCUUGAUCCCUCUAAUUACAGGGAGGAAUAAAAAGGCAAAAAAAAAAAAAAGGGUGGGAUUUCAGCAUUUGCAACUUCAAAGAAUGUGAGGGGGAUUGGGGGAAGGAAGAAGAAUGCGCUCCGACACCGCACUCUCCUUUCAAGGCUUUCCUUGUUUCCAUAAGCUUUAACUAUUUGUUUACUAGUUAAUCCUCCUCGGAUUUCGCUCAGUUCGACUCUCUCUCUCUCUCUCUCUCUCUCUCUCUCUUUGGCUUCUUUGUUCUGCGUGCUCUGCGACUGCGACUGCUAGACUGCGACGAGUUCUAAGGGAAGCAUUUAAUUUGUUGCUUGCCAGCUGCACUGCCAAAAGGAUGAUGAGAAAAAGGAAGAAGACGCUCCAUUGAUUGCUGAGUAGUAAUAAGCAAUCGCUGUCCUGCUGCCUUUUGCUACUCAGCCUUUCUUGAGGGGGGUUUUACGGUGGCCUGGAGAUGAGUCUCGCCAUCGCGGAGAGGAAGGCACAACAGAGGCAGCCGGGUGGGUUCGUCGGCGUCUUCUUCCACCUUUUGGAGUGGAACCGACGGCUCGCAAAGAGGAAGCUUUUUUCUCGGAGGAAGCUCCUCCCUCCAGUUCGGGCAGUGAAAGCGGCGAAGGCGUUCGCCGCCGAUGAGAAGAUGCCAUUGGCGAAAUUGCUGCUGAUCGAUGAUGAGAACCACUACCAGGGUGAUUUUCCCAGCACGAAAAAGCUCGACGAUCUGGGACGUGGGAUGCGGGCUCCUGGGCUGGUGGCCAGGUUGAUGGGUCUCGAAUCCAUGCCUGUUGUCGCGCAUGAAAGGCCACGAAAGGCUACAUACUGCAGCUGCCUUGCCAACAGGGAGGAAAGUGGUGGGGUGUUUCACCGAAUCGAUCAGGAUCUGCGUGUGGAAUCUGGUGGGAUUGGGAAACAGGAGAGCAGACCGCAGAAGUUGAGGAAGACUGGAGGGUUCUUGGAGAGACAUCCCAUUGAUGAAGGCCACGGGAAAGCUUAUCUUCCGGGGAAGAAGAAGAAGAAGACGGUGCUCUCUUCCCCCUCAAAGAAUAAGCUUCACAAGCUACCUGCCCCUGUGAAAAGCUCGCGGUUACCACCGGGCAGGUUAAUGAAGGCUGCUACUAGAAUUCUGGAGCCUGGUUUGCAGACUGGAGGCCGGGCUAAAGUGGCAAUAACCUACAAGGAUUCUUCAAACUUUGACGCAGAAGGCAUUGAUAUCGUCACGACCUUGAAGGACUCUAAUGAAUCAUUCUCUGAUUCUGUUUCUGAAUCUAGCUUGACCUGUAGGAGAUUAGAUGACAGAUUCCGAUUCCAACCAGGUGAUGAAGAAACUCCGAGACAAAGGAUUGGUUCAUCUUCUUUUGAUAUUGGUAAUCCUUCUUGCUCUCAUGCUGAAAUUGCAUUAGGUAGUUUUAGUUCGUUUGCCUUGCAUGGUGAACAGUGUAAUGGCUUUGAGAUGCUUAAACCCGUUCAAUCUAAGAUCGUCAUGCAAAACAACGUGGAGGAGCUUGGUCAGAAGAAUAACCAAUGUGCAUGCAAGACUAAGCUUGAUAGGUCAUCGAAUAGGCUUAGGAGGAAUCAACUUAGGCAGAAUCAAGCCAGUGGAAAAAAUGCUAUUUCAAGAGACAAAGUAGCAUUUGGAACCAAGGUUAGUUCAAGUAAGCAUGGUGGAAGAGAUGCAAAUAAGCUCAGUAGUGCAAAAGGUUCUGCUUUUGUGGUUAGAAACGCAAGCAAAGACAGUUGUUCAAAGUUGGCUUAUGAACAAAAUAGCAAUAGAAGAGAAUUAGAUACUAACACUAAGAAGAACAUGUCGCAUAAGAGAACAAUAAGUACUUUCUGUGGAGAACAUGUUGAAACCAGACGCACCACUUCUACCAAGCAAAAUACUGGAAUCAAUUUAAGUGAUAGAAAGGGGGUUGAACAAAACAGUAACAGGUCUGUCAGCAAAAGAUGUAUCAAAAGCAAUUCAAAUUACCAAAGUGGUGAUGUAUCUGGUUUCAAGAGCAGUGAUAUUUUUUGUUUCACAUUGAAUUCACCGAUUAUGCAUACACUUGGAUCACCUUCUUACAAGGAAAAGGAGAAGAACAGGACUACAAAUGGGUACAUAAACAACAUUGAUUGUGAUUCAACCUUGGAGUUGGAUACGCGGAGUAACAUGAUAUCUAACAGAAUAGCUACAUUGAGAGGGGAUGAAUUAAGGAAUCUGCUUGAAGAAAAAAUUAAGGAAUUUACUUCCAUUGAUCAGGACUUACUAGUUAGAGCUGCAAGGCCUUUUCCUUGUCUAGAGGAUCUAGGAACUGCCUUCAUAGCUGGACAGAAUGAACAUAAAAAUACUGGUGCCUGCUCCGAGAAAAUUGUCACCUCUUCCUGCUCAGACUCAUCUUGUUUUCCUACGCAAACACAGGACAAUGUCAAAAUCAGCCCUGCAUCAGUUCUUGAUUUGGAGAGUAGUCAGCUUAGCCCAAUAUCCAUUCUAGAGGCUACAUUUUCCAAUGAGAGUUGCUCAAUUGGGAGCCUUUAUGCCAGUUCAGGUGGAAAGCUGCAGUUUGGUUUGGUGGAAAGUUGCAACACACCACAGUCAACUGACACAGAGAAUGAACUUUUGGAUUCAGCAACUUCAGUUGAUCUCAGGUCUAUUGUGGACAAAAUCCAUCUUCUGAAUUGCAUAACUUCAACUGCUGAUGAUAUUCAUUGUGAUGUUGGAUUUUCAAACGCUAAACUUUGUGAAUCCAGGCAUUUCGCUUCAAAUGCACAACUGUUGUUUGAAAAUUUCACCUCGAAUGGGCCAGAAGUUGGUUCUUUAGACAUUUCUCUAGAAUCAUCUCUUUUAGACUUGCUACAAGCUAUUUGCGACACACUUCAGAUACCAACCGUUGAUCCCUGUUAUAAUGGGUUAAAAGGAACAGAUCAACUAAGAGAGUUGCUAUUUGAUUGCAUGAUCGAAUGCCUGGAUUCAAACUAUAGCUGUUCAAGCAAGUCUGGUUUCAUGACAUAUCUUAAGAUACCUUUCCAUUUAACCCGAGAAAAAUUGUUGGAAGAACUUGACAGGCAAAUAAGAGAAUGGAUGGAUUUGGCAGGCAACUUUUUGGAUGAUUUGAUCAAGAAUGGAAUGAAAAGCUCAACUGAAAAGUGGACAGUAUGUAAGAUGGAAGUGUUUGAGACCGGCAUGGAUCUAGAGAGCAGCAUUCUUCAGACUUUGGUGGAAGAAACUGUGACCGAUUUCUGCUGGCAGAUGUUGAACAUCAGAAGUUGCAACUGAUGGGUCGAUUGGUCUCAUAAACAAGCCCUGAUUUUGUGUUUCUUGGUUUCUUACUGUAUUUAAGACACUAAGAAGCAAAAAAUCAAGUUUUGUACAAAUUGCCAGAAGAUUUGUGAAAAGGGUUGAUUGCCGAGUCGAUGUAUUUUUUUGCUCAAUCUUUGGAUUUGCUUUGUGGCCUCAAUUACAUAUUAUGAGUUGAUUCCCUUUUA